CACAGAUGCCAUUCAAGAUUGGAUCAAACGCGUGGCAGCUAUACCAGUAGAUGGAAAAGAAGGCCCACCUGAUGUCUGUGUGAUUGAAUUGGGUGGUACUAUAGGUAGGUUUAGUAAAUAAAGCUAUUACAUCAUAUAUACAUAUAUUUUGGGAUUUUUGUUGUUACUAAUACAUUUAUUGAUGCUGAUGCCUGGGGACAUUGAAUCCAUGCCAUUUAUCGAGGCUCUUGGACAAUUCUCGUAUCGUUUUGGUGCUGGAAACUUCUGCUUGAUUCAUGUCAGCCUUGUGUCGGUUCUAAAUAUUGUUGGGGAACAAAAAAAAAAAACCAACCCAACACAGUGUUCAUGGAUUAAGAAGCUUGGGGAAUAUGUAGAAAGAUCAUGCGUGUGUGUGUGUGUUGAUGAUCUCUUGUUAUUCAUAAACAGAGGAGAUGAAGGGACUGACUGCAAUGAUGCCAACAUUUGGUGCUGUCAGUUCUUGAAAAAUAUAAUUGUCUGGAAAGUGGUAGAUACUCCGAAUCCUAUGGGAUCAAAAUCAAAGAGAGCUGAGUACAAAGUUGUCCCAGUAUGUGGAUUGGAUUGGAUGGGCAUGAAGGAGCUUGUAGGAGCAGACAAUAAAUGUGGGCCAAUAAAAUUUGCAGCCUUCAUCCCAGCUCUUAUGAUAGCAGGGCUUUAUUUCUUUGAUCAUAGUGUUGCUUGA